AUGCUCUCCAAUUGUUUCAUUCCUUUUCUUCUGGCCUCCGCCGUGCCGUCCGUCCUGGCUGACGGUUACAGCAACAUCGAUCGGUCUGCCACCGCGGGAGCCCAGUCUCUCCUCCGACUGAUCCAAUCCCGGUUCGGAUCUCAGUAUCUCUCCGGCCAGCAGGAUCUGGCCAGCCUUCAAUGGGUGCAGGGGAAUAUUGGCAAAACUCCCGCCAUCCUAGGCAGUGACUUCAUGGAUUACACUCCCUCCUCUGUUGCGCACGGCUCCAGAUCCAACGCCACCGAGGACGCCAUCAACUUCCACCACCAAGGCGGCAUCAACGCACUCGUCUGGCACUGGCGGGCACCAGCCUGUCUCUACGAUACCUCUGAACACCCCUGGUAUACAGGAUUCUACACCGAGGCAACGUGCUUCGACGCCAAAAAGGCGCUCGCCGAAGCAAGUCACAACGGCACCAACUACAGCCUCCUGCUCCACGAUAUCGACGCCAUCGCCGCUCAAAUCAAGCGUCUCUCCGCAGCCAACGUUCCGAUCUUGUUUCGUCCCCUGCACGAGCCGGAGGGCGCAUGGUUCUGGUGGGGCGCCCAAGGGGCCGACACAUUCCUCGAGCUCUGGGACCUCGUCUACACUCGCAUCACGGUUCAUCAUAAUCUUCACAAUAUCGUUUGGGUAUGCAACACCGCGGACCCGGAGUGGUAUCCUGGCAACGACAAGUGUGAUAUCGCGACGAUCGAUCACUAUGCCGACGCUGGGGACCACGGAGUUCUGGAGAAGAAAUGGCAUGCGCUGUAUGAAGUGACUGGCGGUCAGCGAGUGCUGGCGUUAGCUGAAGUCGGCGUCAUUCCGGAUCCGGAGCAGCAGGCCAAGACUAACACACACUGGGCCUACUGGAUGACCUGGUCUGAUGAGUUUAUCAAGGAUGGCAAGUACAACACCAAGGAGUUUCUUCGGAAAGUGUACGAGAGUCCUUACGUUGUCACGCUGGAGGAUGCUCAGAAACAUGGCAAUGGAACACUCCCGCGUCGUCGCCGUUUCUAG